GGCCAAGUCGCCGCCCUCAAAAUCUCGCGCGACUUGGUUCCGCUCUUCCUUGCCUCCUGCUCUUCCACUCUCUCCAUCCGCCACUCCAUCAACCCAGCGCAUUCCCAUCCUCUUCACUUGCGCUCGAGUCCGCAUCGCUCGUUCGCCUAAAUAAUUUAAUCGUCCGACGAUCAAAAAUCGGCCAUUUCUCUUUUUUGCUUUGCUGCUUGAAUCACACCAGCCGCGACUUGACGCGACGUGCAGCAGCAAAGAAAGACCAACUGAUCCGGUCAUCGCCCGAUCAGCUUCUCGAAUCUGCCAUUCAACCACCCAGCGAAGCCCAUCGGCCUUUCGCAUCGCGCAUCUCUCCUAGUUAAAGAGUCGCGCAUAUCCACCAGCCAUCCAUCAAAAUCCAAAUCUAUUACAUUCCUCGCUUACCGUCGCAAUCAUGUCCGGCAAGCUCGACCAGUCUCUCGACGAGAUCCUCACCAGCCAACGGCGCAACCAGCAAGGCCGUCGCCGCUCCACCCGCCGUACGGCUGGCACCACCCGACCUGCUCCCGCUGCUCCGGCCGGUGGCAUUCAAAAGAGCACCAAGCCCGCGCGCGGCGCAAACAAGCCCACCCCCGCUAGGGGCGGUGGCGUGACUGGCGAGAGCAAGAUCAUGGUCAGCAACCUGCCCAAGGAUGUUUCCGAGGCCCAAAUUAAGGAGUACUUUGUACAGUCAGUCGGCCAGGUCAAGAAGGUCGAGAUCUCAUACGGGCCCGGCGGCGUCAGCCGUGGCAUCGCGCACGUCUCAUUCCAGCAGGCGGACGGCGCCAGCAAGGCUUUCUCCACCCUGAACGGUCUGCUCAUUGAUAGCAAGCCUGUCAAGGUCGAGGUUGUUGUUGCCUCUGCCGACCUUAUCCCGCAACCCAAGUCGCUCGCCCAGCGUAUCGCGCAACCCAAGGUCCAGCCCAAGUCUGCUGCCGCGGUGAAGAAGAACGCAAACACCGGCAAGGGUAGCGCUGCCGCUGGCAAGGGCACCAAGAAGACAGCCCGGGGCGGUCGUAGCAGCCGCCCGGCCAAGAAGACGGCCGAGGAGCUCGACUCGGAGAUGGCGGAUUACUUUGUCGGUGGCAACACCGACAACACCGCCAAUACCGCUGCUCCCGCCGCGGCUGCCGGCGGUGACGCCGCGAUGGAGGAGGAUGUCCUCUAA